UGUUCAGCACAAACCCAGGCCCUCUAGUUUCACUUUAAAGUGGGAUAUAUUAUCUCUGCAGGACCCGUACAAGGUCUGUCAGCAGGAUCCCUGACACCAUCAGUAAUAUGUACUCAUAAACUACUGUCUUUAAAAGCAUCAAUUAUGCCAGUCUCAACGGAUAUGCUGGUAUUUGUGGCACUCGUUUCCACCUUCGGAGCCGUCCAUUGUCAAAAUUUGCCAAGUUUUGAUCUGCUGGAGGAGUUCCAUGUGGCUGAGUCAAGAGGGGUGAAGAGAGUGCAUGGGUCCCAACCUGAGGCAGUGGCCUACCGCGUUAAUCCCGCCAUCCAUCUUCAGAGGGCCAAUAUUGAUGUGUUUCCAGAUGGAUUUCCAUCCAAAUAUUCCAUCAUUGCAACAUUUAAAAUGACCAAUGACACUUCUCAGAGUUCAUGGGACCUUUGGCAAGUCAGUGAUCCAAAGGGGCGUGAACAAGUCGGCCUGCGAUUCCAGCCUGAUGCACGGUCAUUAGAUUUUUUCUAUACUGGCCCCCAGGGGACACAGAUGGUGAGGACUUUCCAUGGUUUAAAAAAGUUGUUUAAUGGAGACUGGCACAAGUUGGCAUUAAGCUUAAAGGACAGCCAGGUGAGAUUGCUGAUAGACUGUGAGGAGGUCAAAGUGGAGAAUAUCGAUGAGCAGAGGCCAGUCACUCGCAGAGGUUACACUUCCAUCAUCAAGCGAGCUGCAAGAGACCGCUCAGCUUCUGUAGAUCUCCAACAGAUGGAAGUGUCAUGUGAUCCAGAGCAGGCAUAUUCAGAAAGCUGCUGUGAGCUCUCCAGUGUUUGUGGGGGAUAUGCAGAGAUUGGCCUCACAGCUGGAAGAGCGACUUGCAAAUGUAUGCAUGGCCAACCAGGCCUUCAGGGCCCUCCGGGGCCAAAGGGUCACAGAGGGCUUCCAGGAAAACCCGGGGACCAAGGAAGAGCAGGAAAAUGGGGAAUCCAUGGAAAGACGGGAAACUAUGGAAAUAUUGGUGAGACAGGACCAAAGGGCGAAUCAGGGAUCAAAGGAGAAAAAGGGAUGAGAGGACCCUGGGGACAACGGGGAGAGAGGGGUCCAAAAGGGCUAAAAGGACUGAAAGGAGCUGCAGGCUUCAAGGGGAUUCAAGGACCUCAUGGAGACAUUGGAGAAACUGGGAAACAAGGAGAGAUUGGCACUAAAGGCCUCCGAGGAUAUCCAGGGAUUCCUGGGUUUCAAGGAGUGAAGGGCCAAAAAGGGAAUUCUGGAGCUACAGGGAGGCCUGGACUCAGAGGAAAGCAGGGUAUUGUAGGGGAUCCUGGGAAAAGGGGAGCUCCUGGAGAGAAGGGAAGGCCUGGUAUCCAAGGACCUUUGGGAAGAGCUGGACCUAUUGGCUCCGAGGGUAUUGUUGGGGAUCCAGGUUUACCUGGCAGAAAUGGUGAUCCAGGAAUAGAGGCAUAUCAAGGACCCCAGGGUCUCAGUGGAAAACCUGGGCGUAGUGGAGGAAAGGGGGAGAAAGGCAUCCUGGGACCAGCAGGAGAAAUGGGCCCCCAAGGCAAAACAGGCCUGAGAGGUUACAAAGGUUCUGCCGGAAAGCCAGGAAGACCUGGAUUUAUUGGUCCACCGGGACCUACUGGUCAUGUGGGCGUACAUGGAAAACCAGGAGUCAAGGGUGAUUCAGGAAUACAAGGAAUCAAAGGAGUUAAAGGUGCCGAGGGGGGAAAAGGAACAAAGGGUCCAAAUGGAAGGGUUGGAGACAGAGGUGAGCCAGGCCCUCAGGGAGGACGAGGGAAGCGUGGACCUGUAGGCCCACCUGGUCGUUCAGGUUCUGUCGGAGUAAAGGGUGUCCGAGGUGAAGAAGGACCAGAUGGUUUUCAGGGACUUCCAGGGCCUCCAGGCCCCGUGCUCCCUGCUGAACAUGUGAUUGAGGUCUGUAAGAGAGUGGUCCUGGAGCAGAUGUCCACCUUCGCUAACUCUGUAAAGAGGACGUGUGCUGCCGUUUGCCCUCUCUAUGGGGAUGUCCCCAUGGGUGCCCCUGGCCCCCCCGGACAGAAAGGACCCCCGGGACCUCCUGGUGACCCUGGUGUUAAUGGUGCUGCUGGGGAACUAGGCCUGCCAGGAUUCUAUGGAGAAGCUGGUGAGCCAGGUCGACAAGGACUACCAGGUGGCAAAGGAGAGCGGGGAGAUAAAGGAGCCAGGGGUUACAGCAUGCUAGGUGUCAUUGGAGAUCAGGGAGAAAAGGGCCAGCUUGGACGUACUGGCAGAGCCUUUAAUGGCCAGCCUGGGAAACCAGGUGAAAUAGGACACACUGGUCGGCCUGGGCUCAGGGGACACCCAGGUCUCAGAGGACCUCCAGGCGUCUGUGUCACCUCAGGGUGUGCUGAGCAGAGCUCUCCCAUCAGCACGCGUCAGCCACCACCAAGGAGCCUAAGAAAUCGUUACUAGAAUUAUCUGUU